AUGCAUGCUCUCCACAGGCAGCAGGUAUGCUCUGAUGACAAUAGACAAUUGACAAAAGCAAAGAUUGAACUAACACAAGCAGGACUUCUAGUACCAUCUCCUACCGAAGCAGCAGCUCAUCCAAAAGAAUUCUCAAUGGCUCGUGAUAUCCUAGAAGUUGGAGCAUUUCACAGUCUCAAGCAUAAAGAAGUUGAUAGCUUUGAUCGGUAUAUCGGCUUGUUGAGAGUAUUCUACCAAGAUUGCCAUGCAAGUUUACCACCCUCAAAGAACGAAGAGGCUUUGUUAGGAUUAUCACUCUUGCGUUUGCUCUCGUCCAAUUCCAUCUCACAAUUCCACACAACUCUUGAGAACCUGCCACCAAAUCUGGUUGCCAAUUCGCCAUUCUUACAGCAUCCUGUAAACCUGGAACGAUGGCUGAUGGAAGGAAGUUACUCAAAGGUAUGGAAAGCACGUAAAGAAGUUCCCAGAGAAGAAUACAUCUUCUUCGUUGACGAAUUGAUGGGAACUAUUCGCAGAGAAAUUGCUUCGUGCGAAGAAAAGGCAUACGACAGCUUGCCAUUGAGUGAUGCAGCCACUUUGCUAUUCUUCAACGAUAUGGAAUCUGUGUCUGCAUUUGCCGCCGAACGAGGAUGGCAAAUCAAUCCUACAACACAAACUGUUCACUUUACCAACAAAGCAGAACAGGCCGCAAAAGACGCCAUUCCAAAGAAAGCGACAAUUACGUCUAAUCUCCAAUUCGCCAAAGAACUUGAAAGCAUUGUAUAA